UUCACAGCUCUGCUGGUCGAUGUUAGGAUGUUGUACAUAUCAGCUCUGUCUGUUAGCGGCUCACUCUCUCACACACUCAUUUAAACUCAUAGCUCCGGUCCGCUUCAUUCACAGGCCUGCUCAGUUAUGAACAUGACGCCGUUUUUAGCGAGUUUUAUUUAUUUGGCGCUGUUGUGUAGUAGGAUAUGCUGUGAUAAUGACACAGAAGAGGAUGAGCACGCCAAACACACAUACACGGUGGAGAUGUUCAAUGAUGCCGUCUCUACUGCUCCACACUUCGUCAUGUUCUACGCGCCCUGGUGUGGUCACUGUCAGAGGCUGCAGGGGGCGUGGAAUGAGUUGGCAGAUAAAUAUAACAGUAUGGAAGCUCCUCCAGUGUAUGUUGUGAAAGUCGACUGCACAAAAGACACAAAGUUUUGCUCCAGUGAGCAUGGGAUCCGUGGAUACCCCACUCUGAAGUUGUUUAGACCUGAUCAGGAGGCUGUAAAGUAUCAGGGCCCAAGAGAUCUGCAGGCGCUGGAGAGCUGGAUGCUGAAAACCCUUCAGGAGGAACCUGAAGAACCCCAGACUGAACCUGAGCCUCCCAAAGUCCCUGAACCCAAACAGGGCCUGUAUGAACUCACAGCCACAAACUUCAAAUCACACAUCUCUAAAGGUUCUCACUUUGUGAAGUUCUUUGCACCAUGGUGUGGGCACUGCAAAGCCAUGGCUCCAACAUGGGAACAGCUCGCCACCAGUUUUGAGCAUUCAGACAGUGUCAAGAUCGGCAAGGUGGAUUGCACACAGCACUACGAGGUGUGUUCAAAUAAUCAGGUUCGUGGUUAUCCCACGCUGCUCUUCUUCACUGAUGGAGAGAAGGUUGAUCAGUACAGAGGAAAGCGUGAUCUGGACUCAUUUAAAGAGUUUGUUGAUAAUCAGGUAAAAGCUGCUGAAUCUAAAGAUGAACCUGCGAAAGAGGAGGAGCACGCUCACGAAAUCCCACCUAGCGCUGAACCUGAAAAACAAGAGCGACUCACGCGAUAUGUGUUCGUGUAUUUAAGGUGUGGUCACUGCAAAAACCUGGCCCCUACCUGGGAGGAUCUAUCUAAAAAGGAGUUUCCUGGUCUGACUGAUGUGAAGAUUGCUAAAGUGGACUGCACCGUGGAGAGAACGCUCUGCAACAGAUACUCUGUGCGUGGAUACCCAACUCUCCUGAUGUUCCGGGCGGGGCAACAGGGGGAGGAGCAUAAUGGAGGGCGGGACUUAGAGAGCUUGCACAAUUUUGUUAUGAAGCAAGCGAGAGAUGAGCUGUAACUCCUCCCUCAUUUUCCAUCUCGAAACACAUCCUCCACAAAGCAACACUAUCUACAUUUACCAUACUGUCAAAUGGACUGCUUUUUCUUCAUUUCUGUCCCUCAUCUGCUAAAGUGAGCAGUCUUUUCCACAUGACAAAAUGUGAAUGUACACGAUUUCAUCUCUGAUCAGUUGAUGAGAUUAUUAGCGAUUACAACCACAGACUUUUGAUUUUACCCUUUCUCCAUUAAAAUAACAGCAGUAUGAUUUAAACAAUGACACUGUUAAGAUCGUUACAUCAUUUAAGGUGCGUGUUUUGUAAGUUAUAUUUGAGGAAAUUCAGCUUAGUUUGCUAUCAGCUAAGAAAAUAUGACCUCAGGGAGACCAUGUACCAUUUAAAGAAAACAAUGACAUGCACCUGCUGUGAUUUCUGUUUUUUUGUUUUUUUCCCUCCAUUCAGUGUAAAAUACUAUAUGAUACACACUUGCAAACAGCACUUUGACCAUGUACAUGGUUUUUCUGUUGGAGUUUCAAAUGUUUCUGUUGUGGUCUUAGGUUUUGAAAUGGUUGUAUCGUUCAGAAGAUUAAAAAAUUAUUAAAUAAACCAGACUAAGGUAGUUUGUUAGCCAGACUGGGAGACCUGCUUAAACCAGCCAAGAUUCAGAUGGUUCAGAUGGUUGGCCGUAAUUAUCAAACCAGGCCAGUCUUAACAAGUUUGAUGGCCAGCAAACCACAUUAGGCUGGUUUAACAUCUUUGGUUAAUUUGUCUUAUAAAGCUUCUUAAUAUUCUUAUAGGCAUAUGAAUGGGGUAAAUACGUUUAGACAUAUCCCCAAUAUUGCCAUUAUGUAAUACUUUUUUGUAAUUUCUCAACACUCAGCAAAGUAAGACAAUGCAAAAUAGAUUAUUUUUUGCUGUAUAAUGACGGUUUAUGGAAAUAUGGUUUACUUACAGUAGAGUUUGUGAAAGGUUAAAACGUUUAUGGUACAG